AUGCGACUUCAACAUUGUUGUUACGUACAAUCUGUUGGUCAAAUUCCGCAUUACACAAAUAAACCAUCAUCAACAGAUUUUCAAUCUGAAGAUGUUGAAAAAUAUGUUGAAUCAGCCAUUCUUUAUCAAAAUGUAACUCAGCUUCUUCAGAAACGUGAAGAAUAUGCAGUAGUUGAAGAUGACUUUGGUCCAACACUGACUCAGAUGUUAAUUCGUGGAAAUAAGCCAUCGUUUACAAAUCUAGUAGCAGCAUGCAGAAAGUUUGAUGAUGAAGGUUUUAUCAACUUACAUCUGAUGACAACUGAACAGUCUUAUCGACACUUUCUGAAAAAAAAUAUUAGUGAAGAUGAUGCUAAAGCAUACGCAUUUGCUAUCGCAUUUUAUACAGGUGCAUAUAGUGAAAUGCUCAAUCUAAAUGCAAAUAUAUUUGCUCGACGAUGGCAACGAAAUAAAGCAACAAAUGCAGAAAAUGUACAAGUUGAUGAUAAUGCAGCUAUGAUUAUGUAUUAUCUUAUAAAAGGUCUUUCACAUAUUAAUUUCUAUUGGGGUCGAGUUGUACGAUAUGUUAAAUUGAGUGAUAAAGAUCUUAAGGAUUAUAAACCUGGUGAAAUUCUUACAUGGCUUCAAUUUAGUAGUUCUGAUAAAGGUGAUGAUAAAAAUGCUAAACAUCUAAAAUAUUUUAAAGAACGUAAUACUAAAUUUAUUAUUCAUUCUUUAACUGGUCGAGCCAUACAAGAUUAUUCUAAUUGUUCUCAAGAUGAAGAUGAAGUUUUAUUUUUACCUCAUUCCACAUUUCUUGUAUGUCAUAAAGAAAUUAAAGAUAGAAAAAACAUUAUUUAUAUGAGACAAAUUGAACUUGGUCUAUGCAAAUAUGUUGUCUUAUGGGUUGAUGAUCAUAUAUUUCAUGAUUGGUGGGAAAAUAAAGAACACAUGGAAAAAGCAAGUACCCUUGGUACACAAGUCAAUGUUCAUUUCAUCCCAAAAUCUACAACAGAAAAUGCAGUAGCCUUUCUUCGAUCUCCAUUUGGACAACGAUUAAAAAGUAGUAAUACAUUUCGGAUUGUUACUGAUAUGAAUCGUGAUAAUGAAAAUUCACCAAAUGAUGCUGGUGUUCGUCUACUUUAUCAAGUACGACAGCUUGGAUUCUAUCAGAAAUGUCUUAUAUUUACUGGUAAUGCAUGGGAAGGUCGAAGAAAAUUAAAUAAAGCAUUUCAAGGAAAUCAAAUGAAUGACAUUCAAGUCACCGAAGAUCCAGCUGAUCUUGAAAAGUUCGUUCUUUUCAAAUGA